GCCCGUUCCCCCUAAGAAAAAAAAACCCAAACCCCACAAAUCCAUCCCGGCCGACCGCCGCCGCCGCCGCCGCCAUGAAUCCGGCAUGCGCGGAGGCAGCAGCCGCCAAGAAGUCCCGGCACAAGGACAAGAAGCAGAAGAAAAGCAAGCGCAAAGAAACCGCGGAGCACCUCGGCGGCGAGCCCGCGACGGCCGAGGAGGAAGCCGUCCACAAGAAGAAGAAGAAGAAGAAGCACGCGAAGGAGGAGGGGAAGGCGGAUCCGAAGCGGAGGCCGACGGUGAGCAUCGCCGUCGCCGGCUCCGUCAUCGACAACGCCCAGUCCCUCGAGCUCGCCACCCUCCUGGCCGGUCAGAUAGCCCGCGCGGCGGCCGUAUUCCGUAUCGACGAGAUUGUCGUCUUCGACAGCAGUCCAGCGGCGGAGAACGGCGGCGGCGGCGCCGAAGAGGAGGAGGAGAGCGGUGCGCGGUUCCUUGUCCGCAUACUGGAGUAUCUGGAAACGCCGCAGUACCUGCGCCGCCGUCUCUUCCCAAUGCACAAGAACUUCAAAUAUGUGGGGUUGCUUCCGCCGCUGGACGCGCCUCACCAUGUGCGCAAGCACGAGUGGUCUGAAUUUCGUGAAGGUGUAACAUUGGGUGGGGAUCGUUCAAAGGGCACACCUGUUGAUGUUGGGUUAAGUCAGAACAUUCUGGUUGAGCAAAUCCUAGAACAAGGUAAAAGGGUAACUGUAGCCAUGGGAACCAACAGAGACCUUACACCAGCUUGUGUAAGGAAAGUCGUUCCCCCGUCCUCACCCAGCGAAGAAAUGGGAUCAUAUUGGGGCUAUAAAGUCCGCUAUGCUUCAAAUUUAAGUGGUGUUAUCAAUGAUUCACCAUACAAGGAAGGAUAUGAUCAUAUCAUUGGCACUUCAGAGCAUGGCGAAACCAUUAUUUCAUCUGAGCUAAUCUUACCUUCAUUCAGGCACCUUUUAAUUGCGUUUGGUGGACUGGCUGGUCUGGAAGAAAGCAUCGAAGAGGACCCAAAUCUGAAUGGCAAAGGUGCAAAUGAUGUAUUCCCAUCUUAUUUGAAUACAUGCCCCAACCAAGGUAGCAGAACAAUAAGGACAGAGGAGGCACUUCUCAUAUCCCUUCAAUACUUCCAAGACCCCAUCAGGCGAGCUGGGAUGGCGAGUUAGAGGGUUUUAUGUGACACAUGCAAAUACAACAUUGCACUUACCCAAGGAUUGGUUUUAACGCUUGGAACAGACAUGGAAUGCUGGGUGGUCAUGUCAUGUCGAAGAUGCACCUUGGGUUUGCUUUUGGUGGUCAAUCGCUGGAUUGUAGCACCUACGGGCUUUCUGCUCGGGUCAAGCACUGUAAAUGCAAAGAGGAGGUGCAAGAAUAGGCGAUAGCUUUAACUUCUAUUUUUGAAACGGGCUAGACACACAUUUUCAUUAAUUAAGAAGAGAACUUGCCUUGUUAAUUAGAGGAAAACCGGGCAAAAGCCGAGAUAGCUUGAACAUUGAUGCUAGCAUUGGUAGAGUUUUCUUAAGGGAGCAUUGGUAGAUUGGGAAGAAGAUCAGUGCCACACAAAAGUGUUUAGAGAGGGAGCAUAAUUAUUCGUCGGUGAUUUGUUUUCUUUGCUCCAAAUUGGCUAAAACCGGUGUUCUAUUUUAUUUGCUCCAAGUUGUCUUAUCUAUGAUGUAUCACCUAUUUAUUUUCAAACCUGGCAGCUUUGUAGUAUUGUAUCAAGCUUCAGCUUACUGUAUUUGGCUGGCUUAGUUAAUGACUUAGAAGGUUGCUAUCAAAACAUUGGUUGCAAGAAUGGCAAGCAACAUUGCUCUGA